GCUUCUCUGAUCAUCUUUCUUGUUCAAUGGCAGGUCAAAAGGUACUCUCUUUCUUGGUUAUAGCUCUCUUUGUUACUUUCUCAGCUGCUGCUCGGUUUCUUGAUGAAGAAGAUACAUUCCCAGCAACAACCACCCCGGGCUCAGGUCCCUUCCCUGGUCCUUUACCAGCGUCUGGCUCAAAUUCUGCCGGAACUGGCUCAGGCUCUGCAGGAACCGGUUUCGGUGCAGGAAUAGGAGGAUCAGUACCAUCAAGUGGUUCAGGUCCUUUGACUACUACUGGUUCUGGUCCUCUACCAAUCCCUGGCUCUGUUCCUGGUCCUUUACCGGUUGGUGGCGGUCCAGGUUCCUUGCCUGGCAUUGGUCCGGGUCCUUUACCAGCCGCUGGUUCAGCCACCGGUCCUGGUGUAGGUACCGGCCAAGCCCUUGGUGCAGGUGUAGGUACCGGGCAAGCUCUUGGUGGUGGUAGUGGUAUUGUAGGUCCUGACCACACAUUAGUGUUCUUUAUGCACGACAUACUCGGCGGUUCGAACCCCACGGCCAGAGCCGUAACCGGAGUCGUCGCAAACCCGGCUUUAAGUGGUCAACUCCCAUUCGCUAAACCCAAUGGCGCAAACCUUCCCAUAACCAACGGAGUUCCAUCUAACAACAACAACAACGGAAUCAUCAACAACAACAACGUCCCCCUUCUCGUCGGACUCGGCGGAACCACAGCCAACAUUCUCCAAAACAACGGAAAUAACGGAAACAACAACCUUUUAAACGGUCUGCCCGUUGCUAACGGCGGUCAGCUCCCGAGCGGUUCUGCUCUACAGAUGCUUAUGUUCGGAACGAUGACUGUGAUCGACGAUGAACUAACCGAAGGGCAUGAACUCGGGUCUGGUCUGCUCGGGAAAGCGCAGGGGUACUACGUGUCGAGUGCGGUUGAUGGAACGAGCCAGACGAUGGCGUUUACUGCCAUGUUUGAGAACGGUGGUUAUGAAGACAGUAUAAGCUUCUUUGGUGUUCAUAGGACAGCGGCUUCGGAAUCGCAUUUAGGAGUUAUGGGAGGCACCGGGAAGUAUGUGAACGCCAGAGGAUUUGCGAUUGUGAAGACGUUUACAGGAUCUAGCGGGACGCAGCAGCAGCAGCCGCAUCAGUUCACUGAUGGACUUGAGACUGUUCUCCAGUGUACUGUUUAUCUAUCUUACUAGUUUUGCUUUGUUUUCCUCUUCUUAUGUUUGGAGUUUGGGAAUGUUUGGUUGGUGCAUGUGGUUUUAUAUCAGUUGUAAUCUAAAUGUGAAAGAGUUGUGUAAACUGG